GCUUACCACGACUAUUAGUUGAAAUGAAUAGUUUGCACAUUUUGUUAAUAAUAUUUGCAUUCUUUUGCCAUUGUUACGCAGAAGAUGACCCAAAAUGUCAAUAUGGCACAUUCAGUUGUCCGGCACGACCCGUUUCUUGCCCUGUAAACCAAACUUUUGUUCCGACAGGGCCUUGCUCGUGUGGCUGUCCUCUUUGCAAACCUAUUCCCCCAUUAAAUAGUAUUGGAUCGCCUUGUGUCACUUACAUUAUUCGAGAUGUUCCCUACUCUAAUUGCGAAAAAGGAUUGCGUUGUUGUGACAAAGUGUGCGUCAAACCGGAAUACUGUUGCAAGGAACAAGCCUCUUCAGUGCAAAACACCACGGAAGACGUUUAAUUGAUUUGAUUUGAUUGUUUUUUUUUGUUAUUUUAUUGUAAUUAGUUCGAUAUAUAAUCGACAAAUAUAUUUGGUAUU